AAACGGGCCUGCGGCGCAGGGAAACGGCGUCGUGCCGAACGGCGGCUCGGGCGCGCCGCCGCCCAAAGAGGUCUCGCACGUGGGCACGCCGGACGAGUUGAAGUGGUUGCUCCAUGACCUCAUCCGCUCGUCGACCUGAGCGGCGGCGCAGCCGCAUGGCAUCUUUGCCGGGCGGGCCGCGGCAAACUCACGGCGGUGCGGUUCCUGUUGCUUGCUGCGCUCGGCCGUCGGCCCGUACUGUACUAGAAAGCUCUCCUGGCGUGCCCGCGGGCCGUUCUCAGGGCGGGUUGGGCGCUGUGGCUCGAGGGACCGGUGGCUUCGGGGAAGCGGGUCGGUUUUGCAUGGGAGUUCGAGGAACUCGCUGCCCAGUAAGGCCCACUGUGUGGGAGCGCGGCCUGUUGCUGCCGUUUUUCCUUGAGAGGCACUCGCGUGAAUCGCCAGUGCGAGAUUGUUCCAUUGAAGAGCGAAUGGCAAGCAAAGCAGGACUCCCGACAGCCGCGUGGUGCUCCGGCUGCCAACAAGUGCAUGGCAGAAUGGUGCUUCCAACCCAAAGAAAGCAAGGCGGGAUAUUUCAUUUGCGAAAUGCAUGCCAAGCGGGGACUCAUCGAGACGAGCAUACAGAGACAUAUCCAGGUCGCAACGGGGCUACUCAAGACACGCGCAAGACCGAACACGUGCUCACAGCUCGUGUGGGGCCAAUGGCAUGGAGGGCUUACGCAUGGAGCAGUCUUGCAUCAAGGAUGCGGUUCGUUUGUCUCAUGUGCUCGUCUUUGCUUUGCUCGCCAGCGCCUGUCAUACUGCUCAGCCUUGCAAUACUGCUCCUUGAUUGCACAAUGCGGUUUAGUCACGAGGAUGCUGGGUCUCACAUUGCAUGGACUGCUGACUACUGCCUGAAAAUGGGUGUCUUCUGGAGCUGUACUAUAUUUCAAACUCAGCUGGUAUGCUACCCACUCGAUGCUGUGCUUCUGGAGCCUACAUCAAUGUAUUGUAUUUCACACUGCCAAGCUGUCGGGGCCUUGGUCCCGCUGCCAGAUGUCCAUAUGUUCUCAUUCUCAUUUAGUGCUUUAGCUAGAGAUAUCAAUACUUUCUCAUUCUCAUUUAGUGCUUCAGCUAGAGAUAUCAAUACUUUCUCAUUUCUCAUUUAGUUGUUUAGCUAGAGAUAUCAAUACUUUCUCAUUUCUCAUUUAGUUGUUUAGCUAGAGAUAUCAAUACUUUCUCAUUUUCUAUCUAGUGCUUUAGCCUUUGAUAUCAACACUUUCCCAGCUUUGAAGUAUGGCAUGAGACUCACGAAUGAUUUGCAUGUUUCUCUGCAUCACACUUUCUGCUCAGCUUUCAAGCCUAUUCGAGCUUGUUCCACUUCGAUUUCAUAUUCGAUGUGAUCUCUUUCCGAAACAACCUCACGUUUUAGUCUUGAUGAAUGGUCUACUCCGGAGUUGCUUCGGGGUGUUUCCUCCACGUUC